CUCAGCUCCUUCCUUCCGCCUCCUGUUUCGCGCAGGCGUACUACAGCCCGCUCGGUCGCUGCAGGGACAAGAUGGCGGCGUCCUCUGUAUGCCGGGCGGCCGGGCGGGUUUUACUGCGGGGCCCGCAUCCCUGCGCGGCCCUGCUGCCUCUGACAAGGAACCGCGGUACCGCCACCUACGCGCAGACACUCCAGAACAUCCCUGAGACAAACAUCACCACGCUGGACAACGGGCUGCGGGUGGCCUCGGAGGAGUCCAGCCAGCCAACGUGCACGGUGGGUGUGUGGAUUGGGGCUGGGAGCCGCUAUGAGAAUGAGAAGAACAGUGGGGCUGGGUAUUUCGUGGAACAUCUGGCAUUUAAGGGCACAAAGAAGCGUCCUUGUGCUGCCUUGGAGAAGGAAGUGGAGAGUAUGGGAGCUCACUUUAAUGGGUACACCUCACGUGAGCAGACUGCCUAUUACAUAAAAGCCUUGUCCAAGGACAUGCCGAAAGUGGUUGAGCUUCUGGCUGACGUUGUGCAGAACUGUGCACUGGAGGAAUCUCAGAUCGAGAAGGAGCGUGGUGUCAUCCUUCAGGAGCUCGAAGAAAUGGACAAUGACUUGACAAACGUCACCUUUGAUUACCUUCAUGCCACUGCUUUCCAAGGCACUGCACUGGCCCGCACCGUCGAGGGGACCACAGAGAAUAUCAAGCAUCUGACUCGAGCAGACCUAGCUUCAUAUAUUGAUACUCACUUCAAGGCACCUCGUAUGGUCCUGGCAGCUGCUGGAGGUAUUUCUCACAAGGAACUGGUAGAUGCAGCUAGGCAGCACUUCAGUGGGUUGUCUUUUGCGUACAAAGAAGAUACUGUGCCUAUUCUGCCACGCUGUCGUUUCACAGGGAGUGAGAUCCGUGCCAGAGACGAUGCUCUGCCUGUUGCCCAUGUUGCUCUUGCUGUGGAGGGGCCAGGAUGGGCUGAUCCCGACAACGUUGUCCUGCAUGUGGCAAAUGCUAUCAUGGGACGCUACGACCGCACGUUUGGAGGUGGCAAGCACCAGUCCAGCAGACUAGCUGCGCUCGCUGUGGAGCAUAAACUCUGCCACAGUUUCCAGACGUUCAACACUUCCUACUCUGAUACUGGCCUCUUUGGUUUUCAUUUUGUUGCUGAUCCUCUGUCUGUAGAUGAUAUGAUGUUUUGUGCUCAGGGCGAGUGGAUGCGUCUGUGCACUAGCACCACGGAGUCAGAAGUGAAGAGAGCCAAGAACUAUCUGCGGAGUGCCAUGGUGGCUCAGCUGGAUGGUACUACUCCAGUGUGUGAAACAAUUGGAAGCCAUCUCUUAAAUUACGGACGCCGUAUCUCUCUGGAGGAAUGGGAUUCCAGGAUUUCUGCUGUUGAUGCAAAAAUGGUGAGGGAUGUAUGCAGUAAAUACAUCUAUGACAAAUGCCCAGCGCUUGCAGCAGUCGGUCCCAUUGAACAGCUGUUGGAUUAUAACCGUAUCCGCAGUGGCAUGUACUGGAUCCGUCUGUAGGAUGUGUCCCUGCUGGAUGGAGCAGUGAAGCUCUGUACUGUGACAGGGCUCCCAGAAUUGUCUGGCUCUGAACGUCUUGUGGGACAAGGAGGAGUCCUAUCCAAAUGGCUGUCUUGGUGUUAAAUGUACAAUAAAAAAAAGAUAAAUAUA